GAACUGUAGUGGUUGGUGGUUGUCGAGUUGUAAGCCGUUGAGAUGAUUGCUAUGUUAACAAAAUGUUUACUUUUUGCCAGCUUGCUUUGUUUGACAAGAUGUAUCGACUGGGACAUCGGUUCAUAUUUCAAGAACAAAAAAGUAAAUGAAGCUUAUGAACCUCGACACUUCACUAAUUCUUCUACCGAACAAUGCUCAAAUGGACCCGAAGGGGGCAUCGAAUGGCUUAUUUCAGUAAGAGAACCCCAGCAGGGAUGGGGUGAGGACACUGCACGAGCCGUUAUAACAUUAGCCGUAACAAACUGGACCGUGAGUGCGCAACAAGAAGCUGAUGAUAUAAAACUUCAACUAACCUCGGAGAUUACCAAAGCUUUACUGUGGAACAACACUAAACCCAUCCAAUCUAUAGACUUGGCCUUAUUCAUCCAGGCUUUAGUGGCCAUCGGGAAAAAUCCUCGUGAUUUCCACGGAUUUGAUCUCGUAGCUGACCUUCUCCACAGGGUCAACGCACCAGACCCACAUCCCAUGUUGGUGUUGGCUCUAUGUGAUGCGAACUCUGUAGACCUCAGCCACCUUGCGGCCAUUCGGAAGCAUUUGGAAAGGAGGAUCUUUGAAAGGACCGAUGCAGACCUGAAGGCCAUGGCAUUGAAGGCUUUUGCUUGUGCGGCGAGUCUGAUGGAUCCCUACCUCGUCAAGUUCAAAGUCGAUAUGGUGAAUGCCGCCAAUUCCCUUAUUCUUAAACAGAGAGAAGAUAAGAGUUUUGGUAAUCUUUACAGCACAGCUCUGAUUGUUCAAGCCCUCAUUGCUUCUAACUUUACCUACAACUGGGAUUUGGACGGAGCUUUAGAAUACAUAUACAGUCGUUCUCUUUCGGAGCAAAGUGUUAUGGGUGUUUACUACUGUGAGCUAGCACUUGAAGCUUUUAAAUACCCAUUUGUGAAAGAUAUUUAUCCAGGAAGAUCUAAAGAAUAUACAGCUCAACCUAAAUUUGGGUAUGGAUCUCGACUGCAUUACACAGUACGAAACAACCUACAUCCACACGCGCAUUUUACAAUUGCCAUCCAUGUACCAAAAGAUUCUGACUUUUUCAACGUGAUGAAGCUCAGUGCGAUCGAAGAUUCCAAUUUUAUGUUUUCUCACUACUUGGAUUCAAACGGUCAUCCAGUCAUCUAUGCAGUAAAUGGAGUUCCUAACAAUGCCGAAGAGAAUUAUUAUUGGCGGUUGUGUCUUCAGCAAAGAGUGCAUGAAGAACCUGGUGGAUACAUUAUGCACACCGUUCACCAUUCUCCUAUUCUUGAGAGUGCUAACGAAUCUCAUCAUUUCAUCAUGUGGUAUAGAGACACUAUUUGCGAGAAGGAUCGUUGAAGUGCAACAUUUGAGAACAAAUUUCAUGGCCAGUCUUUCUCAUUUUCAUUUGUUAAACUAACUCUCGAGUUUCACCUAGUGUAAACUUUUAUCCAACAAUAUCAGUUGUUUGUUUUCGUUGUUGCGUAUUCUAUUCGUUAUAAACAGUGUCUUUCUUGUAGAAGAAAGAUACAUGUUGAACAUAUUUUUGUUAAACUUUGAAGCGAGUUAUGAGAUUUCCUGGAAAAGGGAAUUGUAAACAGUUUCUUCUG